UCGUGCGUCGCGACGCCUGCGCGUAUUCCUUAAACGAUCAGCUGGUUGGGGUAGAGAAAUAAGUAUAGGCAUUAGUAAAGCGACGCACUCCCCUGCGAAUAAUAUCGAACGCCCGUAUAUUGGAAUAAAAAAACAUGGAAACAUGUAUGGUCACGAUAAAGUAACGUCCAGUAAUAUAAAAUGAACGAAGCCGAGGAGGAUAAAAAAUCGCAUUGUUAAUGGACGGAGAAAAGUGUCCGUUCGUAUUUAUCGACAUGCGUAAUUAUAAAUAAUCGUCAUAAUUCAAAAAGAAAAGGGGCAUAAUUAAUAGACGAAGAGAUCAAGUGGUGAUCAAAUACUAUGACGUUACCAUCGACGAAAAAAAAAUCAUAAAUCUAAACCAAACCAAACCUGCAAGCUCGCAAUUAUGGCAAAGUUUAAUUCACCUUUAAAUUUAUUUUCGCUAACGUGUUUCGUUGCUCAGUUUUACAUCCUAUUUCAUGUAAAAUUGAUCAACGCCUACAACCUCAAACAUGCUACGCCAAAAGAAGUUUCUACCGCUAAAUAUCUCUUGACGAAUUCCGAUCACAACAAAGAUGUGCCUGAUGAUUUGAGAAGUCCUUUCCCGGGAAUGGAAUUCGGCCCUAUGGGUCCCGUAAGAAAAGACGCAUCAAACGAUGCCGAAAUGAGAAUAGGUAGUGCGACGAAUCAAAUACCUGAAAAAUCAAAACGUCAGUACGACAUCGUAACCGUCGAAUUUCACCGGGUAGAAACACCAUUUGUUAUAGGAAUAUGGAUAUUCUUCGCGAGCCUCGCUAAGAUAGGUUUUCACAUGGCGCCGAAAUUGAGCAGAAUAUUUCCAGAGUCGUGUCUUCUUAUAGUCGUCGGUGUGGUCGUAGGAGUUCUUCUUUUCCAUGCCGGUAGCGUCCACGUAUCACCGUUGACACCGGAUACAUUUUUUCUCUACAUGUUGCCGCCAAUAAUAUUGGAUGCUGGAUAUUUUAUGCCAAACAGAUUAUUCUUUGAUCAUUUGGGAACUAUUUUGUUAUUUGCCGUUCUUGGAACGAUUUUCAACACCCUUUCAAUCGGUGGAUCACUUUGGAUAUUAGGAAAAAGUGGUUUGUUUGGUUGUGAAACACCGCUGCUCGAUAUGUUCCUGUUCUCAGCCUUGAUAAGUGCCGUAGAUCCAGUAGCCGUAUUAGCUGUAUUUGAGGAAAUUCAUGUUAACGAAAUACUGUACAUAGUUGUAUUUGGGGAAAGUUUGUUGAACGAUGCCGUCACCGUGGUACUUUAUAACAUGUUCGAAGCGUACAGCGAAAUGGGUCCGUCUCGGAUAAUUUAUACGGACGUGUUAUCGGGAUUCGCUUCUUUUCUAGUAGUCGCAAUAGGUGGUACGAUAAUAGGAAUAGCAUGGGGAUUUGCAACUGGAUUCGUAACCAGAUUUACGCAUCAAGUACGGGUUAUCGAACCGAUAUUCAUAUUUGUUAUGGCUUAUUUGGCCUACCUCAACGCAGAGAUCUUCCACAUGUCUGGAAUAUUGGCAAUAACAUUUUGCGGUAUAACUAUGAAAAAUUACGUGGAAGCCAACAUAUCGCACAAGUCGCACACCACAGUUAAAUAUACUAUGAAAAUGCUGUCAAGUAGUUCGGAAACAAUAAUAUUCAUGUUUCUUGGCGUGGCGACGGUCAAUAAUAAACACGAUUGGAACACAUGGUUCGUUGUUACAACAAUCGUAUUUUGUUCCGUCUACCGUAUUAUCGGCGUCGUGCUCUUGGCCGCUGUUGCAAAUCAAUUCAGAUUACACAAAUUGGAUAAGGUUGAAAAGUUCGUAAUGUCCUACGGCGGAUUGCGCGGUGCUGUGGCUUUUGCACUGGUAUUAUUAAUCGAUCCUAAACACGUACCUCUUCAACCGAUGUUCAUUACGACUACAAUCGCCGUAAUUUAUUUUACGGUCUUUAUUCAGGGAAUCACUAUUAAACCCCUCGUUAGAAUACUGAACGUAAAAAGGGCGGAAAAACGAAAACCUACCAUGAAUGAAAGAAUUCAUGAACGAAUAAUGGAUCACACGAUGACAGGAAUCGAAGAUAUUUUGGGAAAACAUGGAAAUUAUCACGUUAGGGACAAAUUCAAACGGUUCGACAAUAAAUUUAUCCGACCGUACUUGUUGCGAAAUCAUCAAGGGGCUGAGCCGAAAAUUUUAGAAACAUAUUCCAAGUUAACUAUGAAAGAUGCCAUGGAAUACAUAAGGAGAAAUGCUUCGACUAUAGGAAAUAUCAGUGGUACAGAAAGUAUGUCUGCUAUAUUCCGGAAUUACAGUAAUACGGGUCAAUUUAACGGCAGUCCAAGUUUCAGUCAGUUAGAAUCUAGUUGGAACAUCGAUCUCCAGGAACUCGAAUACAAUCCGUCUAAAAAAGACUUGACCGAUGCCAGAAUACACCAUUUAUUAGCCGAAGAAUUAUGCAAGCCGUACAAGCGGCAUCGUCGACUCAGUUAUAGUCGUCACGCCGUAAAUGAUCGUGAUUUAUCUACCCAAGUUAACUAUAAAAUGCACAUGAACAUAAGACGCAUGAUGGGAGAGCAUAAACAUAGAAAUAAACGUAGCAAAAAAUUACCGAAGGAGGGAAAGCAAAAUCAUGUCAGUUUUCCAGAAUUUCAACAAAAUGGAUCCACUAAAUUAUUUUCACAAGACUAUAUAAACGAAGUACUUUAUGAAUCAGAAUGUAAGGAGGGCUCUAAACCGAACACCAAGGAAGAUUGGGAAUCGGGGAUAACAUUUACAGCCCGAUCUUCAGAACCUCCGAGUGCUAUCGAUAUGCAGUUGGAUUUAGUGGGAUUGCAGUCCCAGCGCGAUUUGGAUGGAGAAUGCCAGCGGGCUACAACUCCGACAGCUACCGAAACAAUGCUACCGUGGAAAAGAGAAGAUGAUUAUGAUUCUACUCGACCAGUAAAACAAAAUGAAUUUCCGGCUUGGUGUUCCAACAAGGAAUAUUUGGCGUACAAUUCUCCUUCAGCAACUUUCUUGGGGGGUAUCGAACAGCCCAAAGUUCAAUCUGUUAUUGGACUAUUUGGGCAAGAAAGUAUCUCUUCGAUAAAUUCUAGCGGAUCGCGAGAAGCUGUAGACAGCAUACCCUCGGUACCGCAGCUAGAGUAUUGUUAUUCCCCAUUGAGAAUAUCAGAUAAUCCAAGACGUUCCUCCAGACGAGGAUCGAUGAUGGAAUUGAGGUCAGUAGAGCCUAUAUCGGAAGAGAAAACUACGAAUGGAGCACAUUCUUUACCCGAAUGCUGGAAUCCACAAAAAUUGCGGUUAUCGCAAUACCCCUACUCGGCAAAAACUCCGAGCCUGUCGACGGCGUUAAUUACGUCGUCUUCUGAUUCGUCCGACUACGAAGAAGAAAAUAUAUAAUAAUAUAACCUUUCCAGAGUGCUGAGAAUAGGUGUAAUACCAAAUGAACAAAUUUUAUCUAGCCUUAGGUUGGUCGACUUGUUGUCUGUCGCAGCGCAUUCACCCACCAGUUAAAAUUAUCGGUUGGCAUACGAAAAUUAUCGUUUUCUGUUGGCGAUGGGAAUGAAAAACUAAGAAAGGCCUCAUAUUUUUUCAUCAGAUGCCGGUGUCAAGUUGUCAGUCAUUGGGAAAUAUUAAAUUAACUCGAUCGCAAUAAGAAUUGUCUCAAAUAGUGUCGUCGCAGAUGCAUUAGCAGUUAUAGUGUUGUAAAAAGUUGAUAAUAAAUAAGUAACAAAAAGAAAAAAA